AUGGCCACGUCUACAUCGAAGAAAAUAGGUCCUUAUGAGGUUAUAAAAUCUAUCGGGCGGGGAUCAUUUGGAAUUGUCACGGCAGUAAAGAACGCCGAGGGGGAAAUCUUCGUCGUUAAGCAGCUGGACAUGUCGUGCAUGAAUCACAAGGAAAAAAUGAACGUUGUUAACGAGCUGCGAGCAUUAAUCGAGGUGUCCGUGCACCCAUUCAUCGUGCGAUAUAAGGAAGCGUUCCUGGAGGAUAACAUUUUGUACGUCACUAUGGACUUCUGCUCCAAAGGAGAUUUAAGUAAAUACAUAAAAAGGUAUAAAAAAACGAACACGUUGAUUCCCGAGAGGAAAAUAAAAAGAUGGCUCUUACAGAUCAUUACUGCGAUCAAAUUUAUGCACGACAGGAAACUUAUACAUAGAGACUUAAAAUGCAACAACAUAUUUCUUGAUGAUGAAGAGAGGGCUAAGGUGGGCGACUUUGGGCUAGCCAAAAUUUUUGAGAACACAGAACAAACAAGUACAUUGUGUGGGACCAUUGGGUACAUGGCUCCGGAGAUUUGCAGGAACGUGGCCUACAGCUUCCCCGCGGACAUCUGGUCCCUUGGCGUGAUACUGUACGAGCUCAUGAGCCUCCGGCACCCCUUCAAGUCGGAACAUUCCAAUAUGUUAUCGACAGCCCAGAAGAUUUGCGAAGAGGAGCCAGAGCCCCUGCCAACCAGCUACUCGAACGACCUGAUACACUUGUGCCAUUGGAUGUUAAAAAAGAACUCCGAGGAUAGGCCUACUUCGUGCGAUAUUAUCGCGUCCGAUUAUUUGCAAGUGCGGUGA